AUGCUGUUGACUCGGUUUCUGCUCGCCAGAUGGUUGCCAGUUGCUCUCAUUGUUAUAACGAUGAUAGAAACCAGCUUUGGUGCUGCUUUGAAGAAGAACUUUGUGGAUGAAACCCGUGGUGAGAUCAAGUCGACGAACAAGAUGGCAACGAACGAUACAGCCGCACGUAACGUUACUUCUGCCGGUGACUUCCCUGUCUGUACCUAUCAUAAUGGCACGCUCUCGCCCUUCUGCCUACCACACAACGGAGCGGAUGUCAUAGUGGAUGCGACUUACUAUGUCACUUGGAACGCCGACUUCUAUCCGUUGAACGCCACGAUCACGAUCGAAUUGCGAUACCCCAAUUCCACCGAAGGAGAUUCGGCUUUCACUUCGGAACGAACGGAUAACAGCUACGGAUACAUUCCCCUUCGCAUGCGCAAGGAAUGGCUCCAGGGCAAGCCACACAACGAAUUGACCCUCUACAUCAUUGAGCUGGAUUCAACCUCGGACCGGAGAGCUCGUGCUCGACAAGGGCCGACUGUUGUGCUUCAUCCGAAACCAAAGGAACAUUACAAGCCCCCGCCCCCUCUGCCGUUCAACAGGCUGGCACUGAUCAUCGGCUUGCCGGUCAGUGUAGGAGUGGUGGUUCUCAUCGUCGCUGGCCUGUUUUUUGGUAUGCGGAGAAGCAGACAGAUUGGGGUUGCACAUGCCAAGAGGUCUCGAGGCAAAGGCUAUGGAAUUGGAAAAUCGCGGAAUGAACGCCUGGGACGAAGUAAAAGUUCGAUGGACAACGAUGCGGACGCCGCCCUGAAAAAAUAUUCUGACGCUGAUGAGGACAUGUCGGAGAUCGCAGACUCUGAUCUAUACCAUGAUCUGUACCGGUCUGGAAACUAUGGAUUCGACUCGCGAGUUGCAAAGCUCAAGAGCUGGAGUAAUUCCUGA